AUUUGGAUAGAGAGAUAAUGCCCUGUGCUAGCAGACAUUUCUACCACCAUAUUCCUCCCCUCUUUGCUUUCACAGAUUCUUGUUUGUAUAGUGUCCAUAUAUCAAUCUUUUCCUUAGCUGCUGUUUCUAUUCUUUUCUCAUUGCUUUCAGUACAUUUUCUUGUCACAUCUUUCCUCUGUUAAUUUUCAUUCCUUUUAUUCCUCAACUCAACAGCUUGGAUUACAUGCGAGUCAAACACUAUAGAACCCACUUGCUGAUAGGCUUGUUUGUGUGUGAUUUGAUGAAUUAAGCACACCCCUUCUUGUAAAUUAGUAGAAUCUUGAUUUUUUACUUACUUUUUGCUUUUGUGUUUGGUGGUUUUGGACCAGUUCCUCAUCUGAGAUUUGAUUGGGGCCAAGAAGAUAAAAACCAAACAAUUUUUUUUUUUUCUUGCAAUAGGGAAGUGGAAUCUGGGAGGUGCUUUGAUUCCUUCUUUGGUGAUUGGUGACUUGUUAUCUUCUUCCACAAUUCUGGGGAUUUUCAGGAGUCAAGUUCUGAAGGGGCUUUUGAUGGUUGGGAAGCUUCUUUCAUAUUUUACAGUUGCUGGGUGAUUUUUAUUCUUUUUUGAGGUUGGUGGGUCAUUUCCUUGCUUUUAUUCUCUUGUUCCAGAGUUUGAAAGUUUAUGGUGGUAAGUUUAACAGGACAAGCUGUAUAGAUUUGACCAUCUGGUGCUUGGAAAUUGUUAAGGAUUUUCAGGAAAAGGGGUUUUAAUUUCCUAGGUUCUUGGAUGAGUUUGCUCCAUGUGAUUGGAUUUGGUUUGAAGUUGGGGAACCUACUGUUGACACUAUGCAGCUUGGUUGUAACACUGAUUUCUAUGAAUUGGUUGAGUAAUGGUGGAGUCAUGACCACCAAGACUUUGCUUGAUGAUGGAGAGGAGAUACUGACCAAGUUGUGGGGGAAGAUCUCUGAGAACAUCUCCAAGAUCCAUCAUAGUUACUCUCAGUAUAUUGGGUCCAAGAAAGUCAGGAAAAACUGGUGGGGUCUUUUGGUGAUAUGGGUAGGUUUUGGGACAAUUCUAGCUUUUUGUGCCUUCUGGUAUUUGAGUACUCAAGCUAUGGAGAAAAGGAAAGAGACACUUGCAAGCAUGUGUGAUGAGAGAGCUAGGAUGCUACAGGAUCAGUUUAAUGUCAGCAUGAACCAUGUCCAAGCCAUGUCCAUUUUGAUCUCGACGUUCCACCAUGGCAAAAAUCCUUCUGUUAUUGAUCAGGCUACUUUUGCGAGAUAUACAGAAAGGACUGCUUUUGAGAGGCCUCUUACAAGUGGUGUUGCAUAUGCUGUAAGAGUUCUCCACCCUGAACGAGAACAAUUUGAAAGGGAACAAGAUUGGACAAUUAAAAGAAUGGACCCCCAAUUUCAUGAAAAUGAGUAUAAUGUAGAUAACCUGGAGCCAUCCCCAAUUCAGGAGGAAUAUGCACCUGCUAUCUUUGCUCAGGAUACAGUUGCUCAUGUAAUUUCCGUUGAUAUGCUCUCUGGAAAGGAGGAUCGUGAAAAUGUACUGCGUGCAAGAGCCUCAGGAAAGGGUGUUCUCACUGCACCCUUCAAGCUACUCAAAACAAACCGACUUGGAGUAAUACUGACAUUUGCUGUCUAUAAAAAGGAUCUUCCCUCAAAUGCAACUCCUAAUGAGAGAAUUGAAGCAACAUAUGGGUACCUUGGAGGAAUCUUUGAUAUUGAAUCACUUGUAGAGAAGCUCCUUCAACAGCUUGCAAGUAAACAAACAAUCCUUGUUAAUGUUUAUGAUACAACUAAUCUCUCCGAUCCUAUAAGUAUGUAUGGUACAAAUGUAUCAAUUGAUGACCUGGAGCAUGUUAGUUCCCUAAACUUUGGGGAUCCAUUCAGAAAGCAUGAAAUGCAUUGCAGAUUCAAACAGAAGCCACCAUGGCCAUGGCUUGCUAUUAUUACCUCCUUUGGGAUCAUUACAAUUGUGUUGCUCGUAGGGCAUAUAUUUCAUGCAACAAUAAACCGAAUAGCAAAGGUUGAGGAUGACUAUCAUGAAAUGAUGGAGCUCAAAAAGCGUGCUGAGGCAGCUGAUGUUGCGAAAUCAGAGUUUCUUGCUACUGUUUCCCAUGAAAUCAGGACCCCGAUGAAUGGUGUUUUAGGGAUGCUUCAUAUGCUUAUGGACACUGAGCUAGAUGUAACCCAACAAGAUUAUGUUAGAACUGCACAGGCUAGUGGUAAAGCUCUAGUUUCACUCAUAAAUGAGGUUUUGGACCAAGCGAAAAUUGAAUCUGGAAAGCUCGAGCUUGAGGCAGUGUCUUUUGAUCCGAGGGCAAUUUUGGACGAUGUCCUGUCACUUUUUUCUGGGAAAUCACAGGAGAAAGGAGUUGAGUUGGCAGUUUAUAUCUCGGAUAAGAUACCAAAGUUGCUAAUUGGUGAUCCAGGGAGAUUUCGGCAAAUCAUCACAAACUUGAUGGGAAACUCAAUCAAAUUUACUGAGAAGGGGCAUAUAUUUGUUACUGUCCACCUUGUCGAGGAGGUGGUUGUUGAGCAUGAAUCAAGUUACGCUUUGAGUGGGUUCUCGAUUGAGCAUGAAUCAAGUAGCACUUUGAGUGGAUUCCUGGUAGCUGAUAGACGACAGAGCUGGAAAAAAUUCAAAGCUUUUAAUCAAGAAGGAUUCUCUUCUUUCAAGUUGACAUCUGACCAGAUCAAUUUAAUUGUCUCGGUUGAAGACACAGGCGUUGGGAUUCCGUUUGAAGCUCAAUCUCGUAUAUUCACCCCCUUUAUGCAAGUUGGACCCUCCAUUGCACGGAUUCAUGGGGGCACUGGUAUUGGGUUGAGUAUAAGCAAAUGCUUGGUGCACCUCAUGAAAGGCGAAAUUGGUUUUGUAAGCUUGCCAAAGACUGGGUCCACGUUUACUUUUACAGCUGUUUUUGCUAAUGGUUGUUUUAGUUCAAAUGAGCUGAAGGGUCAGCACAUUAAUGAUGAGUCCAACUCUCUUUUUUCUGAAUUCAAAGGGAUGAGAGCCUUAGUUGUGGACCCCAGACCUGUACGAGCCCAGGUCUCAAAGUAUCACAUUCAACGCCUUGGUAUUUACGUAAAGAUAGUUCCAGAUUUGGACCAUGGGUACGCUCGUAUAAGCACUGAGAAAACAAAUAUAAAUAUUGUACUUGUUGAACAAGAAGUAUGGGAUAUGGAUUCAGGGAUGGCCACCCAAUUUGUAGAAAAAUUAAGAAACUCUGAUAUCAGUUGUUCUCCUAAGCUAUUUGUUUUAGCUAAUUGUGCAAGUGCUACACGAGCUAACGCCUCAAUUUUUGGUGUUUCUACUCCAUUUGUGAUUAUGAAGCCAUUGCGGGCUAGUAUGCUUGCUGCUUCUCUCCAGCGUGCUUUGGGGGUUAACAACCGAGGAAAUUACCGGAAUGGAGGGCUUUCUGGUGUUCCUCUUUCUGAGCUCCUUCACAAAAGAAAGAUACUUGUUGUGGAUGACAACCCUGUGAACCUAAGAGUAGCUAAUGCUGCCCUGCGUAAAUAUGGUGCUGAUGUGGUCUGCAUAGAUAGUGGGGAACAGGCAAUCUCCCAUCUGCGGCCUCCUCAUCGCUUUGAUGCCUGUUUUAUGGAUAUUCAGAUGCCAAAAAUGGACGGGUUUGAAGCUACAAAAAGAAUCCGUGAACUUGAAUGUCAAGUUAAUAGUCAAAACGAACAUGGUGAACUUCUGGUAAAUGCCUCGAACUGGCAUGUGCCCAUUCUGGCCAUGACUGCUGAUGUAAUUCAUGCUACAAAUGAACAAUGCCUCAAGUGUGGAAUGGAUGGAUACGUCUCGAAACCAUUCGAACCAGAACAACUUUACCGCGAAGUUUCAAGGUUUUUUCAUGUCAAAUCAAAUUAGAAAGCGUGGAAAAUGCUUCUGGUUUCGUGCUUGUAGUAGUGGCUUUGAGCUCAGAUACCUGUUCUUCGAGACACUACAGAGCAGUUAAAACAAUGACACAAGUUUCCCAGACAAUUCCAGAAAAUGCAUGUCUUAAAUCAACACGGAAUGUAUAUACAAGUCGAGAGUUGUUUGCAUGGAUGCAAUUCAAAGCUCAACCACGAGGGAAGAAUCUGAUGGCCCGACAGCCCAUGUUGUAUCGUAAAAGGCAAAGUUGUAGGGUUCAUCUUCUUCUUCUCCCUUUGCACGAGUUUUUGAUCCUUCACACCCCCCACCCCCCCCCCCCACCCCCUCCCCCUUGUUGGGAAGUCUCAUGUUUGUAUGAUUGAAGUUAAAACACAGAGAUAUGGGCAUUGUAUAUGUUGGAUUUGAAUAAAGCAUUUUAGGGUGUAGUAGUAGUGUAGUGUCAACAUAAAUGUUGGUUUAGCACAGACAGGGUCAGGGUUGGUUGAUGCCAUUAGUACAGAAAUCAAAUAGAUCAGUCUCACAGUAUUGUACAGCUCAAAGGACUAGAUUUAUUUACCAUUUCAUAUCCAAGUAUAUAUAGUGCAAGCUUCUAUUUAAAAGAUAUA